AUAAAUACUCAGCCUGGUAUUUGAAGUGUACACUCAGUAGAGCAAAAAUCUCAUUUGAAAUCGGGUUACUCCAUUCGUCAGGACUACGCAAAGAUCAAUAAAGUAAGGACUACCGUGAUAAGACCACUUAAGAUGCAACCCCUGUGGAAGUCAGAAUACGUCGGUGGAUUUGCAGAAUGGGACCCGACACCAUGCAGAGGUUGUGGAAAAAGUGGCAAUCACACCACCAUCAAGCACAGAAACUGCGCAAUGAUGGAACUUGAAUCCUCCGUCGCCGCGCGGGUCAUGACCGAUCGUGCUUGGGAACGUCUGGAGCGUAUUAUCAAAAAUGCAGAAUACGUGAUCGAUGAAUUUGACGGGGAAUGCCAACUGGCAGAUGCUGCCGUGCGUGAGAUGGAAGAUGCCAUCACGAAGGCGGAGGAGAUAGCAAUUUCGCAAGCAGUCCUCGGCCCUCUGCGAAGGGCCUUGCGCAAGGCGCAGGCAACCCGCGACAGCGUUUUGCUGACGCGCAUCAACCGGGAACAGAUGCUGGCGUCACUGUAUAGACAGAGGAUGGCAAUGUGCGACUUGUUGAACGUGGCAGAGGUUCGUCAGGAACUAGCGAUUGAGACGUACCUGACGACUCGACCGACCAGCCGAGACACGAGAUUGGAAGCGCCAGGAAGCGCUGCAGCACAAGCGUCGGAAAGGGCGAGGUGGUGGCAGCAGGAAGAGUUUGCCGAUCCUGAAGAGCUCGGAGAGGAUGAAGAGCAGCGAUACCAGUACUUUCUGGAUGACUGGAAAUAUCGUCGAGAACAGAAAAUCCGCGACCCCAAAAUCGACUUCCUCCGCGAUUGUAUAAAUUCACCAUCCCUCGGCCUCCCUCCAAGUUGUACGCGUCGUGCCAUGGCACAGGACGAAGAAGACAGUUGGGGUCAGACUCCCACUCAAGUGGCAUCCUCCACGCCUGUUCACUCGAUCAAGAUAGAAGAUGAAGAGGAGGAAUUUGUUAGGUGUCCUACGCCCGCGUCUUCACCGCCCAUGUCUUCACCACCCGAGACGAUGUCGAGUCCCCGCAGACUGCUGUGGGGGCAUACCAAUGAAAGGGCGACACGAGGCAGCGUGAAGCGCGAGGACAGCUCUCAUCCGGCGUCCGAUGAUUCGAUAGAAGAGGCGCUGGGCCGCGCAUUCAGAAACAUCGAGAAGUCCGAAGGUGCUGGUGCUACCGCGGCAACGGGCCGGGCCCGACGAACUACGGGUGCUACUCGGCAGAAGCGGCGGGUCAGGCCGUACUAGAGUGAGACGCGGAUUGAGACCGUGAGAUCCCCGGAACCUCGGGAUGCCUGCGUGGAAGGGUUCUAGAAUGGAUAGUUUGUACACUUAUGACGCUUGUAUUAUAGCUAUGAACAACUUUAUGAAACAAAGACCAAGCUCGCUCCGGGACAUUGGAUUGACAGAAACGGUUGGGAACUUGGGGAUCGCCUCAUCUCCUCCUUCUCCAACCCCUGACGCUCAAGAGACCCU